AUGGUGGUCGGCAGCACACGGGAGCAUGGAGGCCGGAGAUGUCCUUGCCAUUGGCUUUCAUACCACGGCGGCCCUUUCAACGUGAGCGCUGGGAGGAGGUGGCGGCUGCUCCCUUUCAGGACAUGGACGGAGCUCGGGGAUGAGGCCGAUGGUGGUGUGGCCGCCGUCAGAGAGGCUGCAGUCGUCGAGGCGGAUGGACUUGCCAAGGGCGCGACGGGGAGGCUAGCCAGAAGAAGUGAUGGAUUGGUGGUGGUAUUCUCGCCAGAUAACCGCAGUGCGCCGGUGGCAGCAGUACUUAACUCCCGCCGGACUCGUGGCCACUCCCUACUGAGGGAUCCAAGGCACAAUAAAGGCCUCUCGUUCACGGAGAAAGAGCGGGACGCGCACUACCUGCGAGGAUUAUUGCCUCCAGUAGUGCUAUCUCAGGACCUCCAGGAGAAGAGGAUGUUGCAGAAUGUUCGGCAGUUCCAGGUCCCGUUGCAGCGCUACAUGGCGCUAAUGGACCUUCAGGAGAGAAAUGAGAGGCUAUUUUACAAGCUCCUGAUUGACAAUGUAGAAGAACUACUUCCUGUUGUGUAUACACCAACAGUUGGGGAAGCUUGCCAGAAGUAUGGGUCGAUCUUCAGACGACCGCAGGGCUUAUACGUCAGCCUGAAGGAUAAGGGGAGGAUCUUGGAGGUACUGAGAAACUGGCCAGAGAAGAGUAUUCAGGUUAUUGUGGUCACUGAUGGUGAGCGUAUUUUAGGCCUGGGAGAUCUUGGUUGCCAGGGCAUGGGAAUUCCUGUGGGGAAGCUUGCACUGUAUACUGCUCUUGGAGGUGUACGGCCAUCUGCUUGCUUGCCUAUUACCAUAGAUGUGGGAACAAAUAACGAAGAUCUGCUAAAGGAUGAAUUCUACAUUGGACUAAAGCAAAGAAGAGCAACUGGCCAGGAAUACUCUGAACUUCUGGAUGAGUUUAUGGCUGCAGUUAGGCAGAACUAUGGGCAAAAAGUUCUUGUCCAGUUUGAGGACUUUGCAAACCACAAUGCAUUUACACUUCUUGAGAAGUACAGGACAAACCAUCUUGUAUUUAAUGAUGAUAUCCAGGGCACGGCUGCUGUAGUGCUUGCAGGGCUUAUUGCUGCUCUGAAAUCUGUUGGUGGGACUCUAGCUGAUCAUACAUUCCUGUUCUUUGGUGCAGGAGAGGCUGGUACGGGCAUUGCUGAACUGGUUGCUCUGGAGAUAUCCAGACAGGCAAAGGUGUCUGUAGAAGAGGCUCGCAAAAAGAUCUGGCUGGUUGAUUCAAAGGGACUGAUUGUAACCUCACGUAAAGAGACACUCCAGCCAUUUAAGAAGCGAUAUGCACAUGAGCAUGAACCUGUCAAAGAUCUCUUAGGUGCUAUUAAGAGACCGAUUAUCCUUGCUCUAUCAAACCCAACGUCACAAUCUGAAUGUACUGCUGAACAAGCAUAUACAUGGAGUCAGGGGCGUGCCAUAUUUGGGAGUGGAAGCCCAUUUGAUCCGGUGAAAUAUAAUGACAAGCUGUUUGUGCCUGCCCAGGCAAACAAUGCAUACAUUUUCCCGGGGUUUGGACUAGGGGUGGUGAUCUCAGGAGCGGUCCGGGUGUCAGACGAUAUGGUCCUUGCUGCUGGAAUGGCUAGCCAGCUCCCUCGGCCAAAAGACUUGGUGAAGUACGCUGAGAGUUGCAUGUACAGCCCCGUCUAUCGAUCGUACAGGUGA